AUAAUAGAAAGAUAUGCUUCUUGUCCGAAAAUCGGCACGUUGUCCUUAUCAAUUUGCUUCCCCGCACCGAAAGGCAAAAAUCCCCCAGCAACUCCUUCGACCCUUCCCACGAUAUCUCGUCCGCACAUGCCGGACGCCCUCCGGAUCGUACGGUCUUCGCCCCACGCUCGGCUGCAGCCCCCGCGAUACGCCCUCCCGCAGCCAAUCAAUCCUCCACAGUCCCCACGAACACGCCAGUCAAACCGAAGAAGAAGUCUCCGAUCUGCCUCACGUUCUCGGAACGGCGCAAGAACGCGCGAGCGAUGAAGUCGGAGACGGUGACGCUGGUGCUGGUGAACCUGGCGUCCAUCAUGGAGAGGGCCGACGAGUCCCUGCUCCCGGGGGUGUACAAGGAGGUGGGCGCCGCCCUGCACGCCGAUCCGACGGCCCUCGGGUCGUUGACCCUGUUCCGAUCCAUCGUCCAGUCCGCUUGCUAUCCGCUCGCCGCUUACCUCGCGUCCCGCCACAACCGUGCCCACGUCAUCGCCCUCGGCGCCUUCCUCUGGGCCGCCGCCACUUUCCUCGUCGCCAUUUCCUCCACUUUUCUACAGACUCUACAGACGAUAGCAACCGUGGGAUGGCAUUUGGAUGGCUGCAGCUAACAGGCAACAUCGGCUCCAUCAUCGGAUCACUGUGUUCUGUUUUAAUUGCCUCGACAUCCUUCCUGGGAAUCCCUGGUUGGAGAAUUGCUUUUCACCUGGUCGCCAUCGUAAGCGUUGUUGUUGGUAUUUUGGUGUGGCUCUUUGCUAUUGAUCCUCGACAUUCUGAUGACAAAAAUCAAGCUGAAGAUCUGAAUUCACAUAAGUCCUUCUGGUCAGAGUUCAAAGACCUGGUUAAAGAAGCAAAAUCUGUGAUGAGGAUCCCGUCUUUUCAGAUAAUAGUGGCUCAGGGCGUGUCUGGGUCAUUCCCGUGGUCAGCUCUUUCCUUUACCGCAAUGUGGUUGGAACUCAUUGGCUUCACUCACAAUACAACAGCAUUCCUCACAACAGUCUUCAUUAUUGCUGGUUCACUUGGUGGUCUCUUCGGAGGCUAUAUGGGGGAUAUUCUUGCCAAACGCUUGCCCAACUCGGGUAGAAUAAUUCUGUCACAGAUAAGUUCUGGUUCGGCGAUUCCAUUAGCUGCGGUCUUGCUCCUGGCAUUGCCUGAUGACCCUUCCACAGCCUUCAUGCACGGUCUGGUUCUAUUUAUCAUGGGUCUGAUGAUAUCCUGGAAUAACCCAGCUACGAACAAUCCAAUAUUUGCAGAGAUAGUCCCUGAGAAAUCCAGAACAAGCAUCUAUGCACUGGAUCGCUCUUUUGAGUCCGUCCUGGCAUCAUUCGCUCCCCCAGUGGUUGGGAUUCUUGCUCAGCAUGUAUACGGGUAUAAGCCAAUUCCCAAGGGAUCAUCCAACUCUGUAGAGAUAGAAACAGACAGGGAAAACGCUGCAUCGCUUGCAAAAGCCCUUUACACAGCUAUCGGAAUCCCAAUGACGAUCUGUUGCCUUAUUUACUCUUUUCUCUACUGCACGUACCCGAGAGAUAGAGACCGUGCAAGAAUGACUGCGCUGAUUGAAUCGGAAAUGCAGCAGAUGGAGGUCGAUAGCCCUCACUCAGAAGAAAAUCUGGACGGCCUUGAUAUGUCAAAGUCGAGCAGCAGUUAUGAGAAGGAGAGGAGCGUGAUUGACAUUAAUUACGGAAUGGACGAAAGUAUUGACUUGGAUGACGACGAAGAAAAAUCCUUGCUUUCGAGGCAGCUAACCUUUGCAUACGUCAAAGAAUAAUGCAAACCUGCAAUUCCUGACCUUUCUAGGAAUCAUCAAAUCAACCAAACUUAGAGCACUCGUCUCUGUAAAAGCUUUUCAUGUUGGAGGCAUUUCUUCUCCAAGAGACAGUCAAUGUAGGUGGCUACUAUGAUAACUAUUUUUUUCCACUUCAUUGUUGAGUCAUCUCCAAGUCGAUGGAUUUCAAGCUGUUUAUCUUUCAGAUAUCGAGUGCACUUAAAUUGAUUCCAACAGGGAGACCGGUUUAUAUUGGAUCGUUGUGUAUGGUGUUUUUGGUAUGUUCUGUCAAUGUUGUUGCAAUUAAAUAAAUUACUCUGUAUUUAA